AUGCAACUCAGACUGAAUGGUGUGAUCGGAUCAGCUGGAGUGCCUGGUGAACCCGGAAAGCAAGGUGAAACUGGCUUGCCCGGUGAUCCCGGUCAUCCGGGUAUGAUGGGCAAAAAAGGACGAGCGGGUUUGCGUGGAUCUGCUGGUGCACGCGGUCCUCCUGGCAUUGCUGAACUACCCAAGUUUAAAGAGCCCUCGCUCACUACUGGAGGACCCGGCUUGGCCGGACAACGUGGUCCACAAGGUGCCCCCGGUAUGAGUGGCUCUCCUGGAGCUAAAGGUAGAGCUGGUAUGAAAGGUCUCCCUGGUGACCGAGGCGAUUUCGGUGAACGCGGACCGCCAGGUCCUCCGGGAGAAGCUGGUGUGGAUGGCGAACCAGGACCAGAUGGUGACAAUGGUCCGGACGGUACUCCCGGUGAGGAAGGUCCCCCAGGUCCUCCAGGUGCAUCUGGUGAUGUUGGACCAAUGGGAGCUCAGGGACCUCCCGGUGCUCCCGGAGCUAAAGGAGCUAUGGGUCUAACUGGACUUCGAGGUGAACCUGGUCAACGUGGCUCUCCUGGUCCAAUUGGUCUUACGGGAGAAAUCGGUGAAAUGGGUCCACCUGGACCACCUGGAAUGAAUGGAAAUGUUGGUCGUAAAGGUCCGAUGGGUCAGCGUGGUACUCCCGGUUCACGUGGUAAGCCUGGCGCCCCAGGUGAGGCUGGAAAACCUGGCGGUCGAGGCCCAGCUGGUUAUCCUGGAUUCAUGGGUGCUCCUGGUGAGCCUGGUCCUGAGGGUCCGGCUGGCACU